UUGAGGGCUGAAAGAGUGUGUUUAUACAUGAGUGUGCACUGGAAAGAGAGAGCGAGGCAGAGUGUGCGUAUCACACACAAAACCAGACAUUCAUAACUCAGCAGAGGAAGCAGAAGGGACACCAAAAAGCUGCUGACAAACACAUUAUAAUGAUCCUUUGUGCUGGGGACGUAGAAGCGUCUGGAUUAUCAAAUCACUGGACUGUAAAGCAGAGUGCAGAGCCUGGAGAUCAUGGAACAUGCGAGUGCUGUCUCAGCACUGGCUAACCAAUCAGAGCACAACAACUCCUCCCUGGUUUCUGAUUGGUCAGCGAGGUCUUCGGAGUACAGUGACGCAGAGCUCGUGCUGCUGGGUGUUGCAAUGGCUAUUCUGGUUCUUGCCAUAGUUUUUGGUAACGUGCUGGUGAUCACAGCCAUCCUGCGGUUCCAGCGGCUUCAAACAGUCACCAACCUCUUCAUUGCUUCACUGUCUAUUGCUGACCUCAUCAUGGGUUUGGUUGUGGUCCCUUUUGGCUCCAGCUACAUCCUGGUGGGAACGUGGCAGUUUGGAAACUUCAUGUGUGAAUUCUGGACAGCAGCUGACGUGCUGUGUGUGACAGCCAGUAUAGAAACCCUGUGUGUGAUUGCUCUGGACCGCUAUCUCGCCAUCACCUCGCCACUCCGCUACCCAACGCUACUCACCAGGGGCCGGGCCGUUGCAGUGGUCCUCGGGGUUUGGGCAGUGGCCUCCCUCAUCUCCUUCCUGCCCAUCCAUUUAAAGCUGUGGGUGUCAAGUGAUAAGGAAGCUCUGCGGUGCUUGGCCGACGAGUACUGCUGCGAUUUCAACACCAAUGCGGCGUACGCGGUGUCAUCCUCAAUUGUGUCGUUCUACCUGCCGCUGGUGGUGAUGAUUUUCGUGUACAGCCGGGUCUUCCAAGAGGCUCAGAAACAGCUGGAGAAGAUCAGGGGGAGGGAGAGGCACUUUCAUAACUUGCAUUACACUGCACAGCUGACUUAUCCCAAUGAUAGCCCUGCUAUGAAUACACUCACGGCAGGAACUGAGGUGGGAGAACAAGCAGCGGAGGACAGUCUAAACAUGCAGAAAACAGGAGGUACAGACGCUGGUCAGGAGGAGAAGUUAGGAGAGAACAGAGCAAGGACAGAAAAGGGGGAGGGAAAAUACUCUGCCACAAAGCGUCUCAAGUUUUGUCUUAAGGAGCACAAGGCUGUGAAAACUUUGGGGAUCAUCAUGGGAACCUUCACAUUGUGUUGGCUACCUUUCUUCAUCCUCAACAUCCUCAUGACCUUCCUCAAGUUGGGUGACAUUAAGCUGCUUUUCAGACUCCUCAACUGGCUUGGAUACUCCAACUCAGCGUUCAACCCGCUCAUCUACUGCCGCAGCCCCGACUUCAGGCACGCCUUUCAGGAGAUACUCUGUCUGAGGGGCAAACGGGGGAGCUGGCGAGGGAGGAGAGGAUGGUGCUGGUGCAGGGAGAGAGAUUGUUACUCCAAGUCCAAAGGUAGGAUGAAUGGGAACUCGGACCUGAAUGGUGUUAGGGGGCUGGCCGUGCAGCAGAGGUCAGGGUGGACGGGCAGUUUGGAGAGCUCCAUUCGAGACAGCUCACUAACUCUGGCGCCUCCGCCUUCCUGCUCUGACGAGGUUUUAGAGGUCGCUCCUGGUUCCCAGACAAACUGGCAGGCUAACAGUUCUGCUAACGGAAGCUGUAAGGAAAAUCUGGCUUCUAUUGCUUGACCAGUUAGGAUAUUAGACUUUACAUUGUGUGUGCAUAGCCGUGCAGUAAACAUCCGUUUGGUGAAGCUCAAGAUAUUUGCGUUUGGUUUGAAUUGACUCAACUUUUUUGAGGCUGUUGCUUGCAGAUAAUAUUGUGUCAUUGUGUUUCGGUUACUGAAAUUUUGCUUGUGAUCACUUUGCCUUUGCUGCUGCAGUUUUCUUAACAACACUGUAAACCACAAAGGCACUACACAAGUAAACCAUGUCACCAGUAUACGUCAGCCAGACUUAAAAUCUUUUGAAAUGAACUGUAAGUGUGUCACUCCCGACAACACGAUGCAGAAGUGCUAAAACAGCUAAAAUUAAUGCCAAUCAGACAACAAGCAGUAGCAAAGUGAAACCAAACAUUGUGAGCUUCACCAAACUGGGACCUACGACAGGACUAUUAUUGGAAGAUGCAUAACAGAAGGGUGAUGUGAUAAUGGACUGCAUAUGAAUUACUUGCAACAGAAAUAUAGGAAAUACCGGCUUUAAUGACUGCUCGAUGAUCAAAAUAUCACGCAUGCUCAUGCAUUCCAAAUGCUCCUUUGCUGAAAGCAGUCAAAUAGGAAAACAUUUGCUCAUAAGUGCAGAACAUUCAGACAUAUGUGGUAAGGUUGCUGGUUCAAAUAACGGCUACACGUGGACUCAGUGGAUACUCUUGGAUAAGGUCAUUAUGUAAAAAAUAUUGUAGCAGCGACUGCUUCACCAAUGCUAGAAGAUUCAGAAUGUAUCUACUGGACUGCAGUUGUCAGCGGUUGUGAAUGUGUAGCAGCAAAUUGCACAAAAUGAGUAUUUUAGAAUUGGAACAGGAAGGAUUAAAGCAGUUUGGUGUUUUAAUCAUUGUGUGUUCAUGAAACAGACCCUGACUGAUCAGUUUAGAUGACUAAGAUUCACAAAAGGAAAUGUUCCUCUAUGUUUGCUCAAAGCCCCUGAAAACCUCUCUAUAAUAUAAAACAUUCAUGACAAAAUAAGCAACAGUCAAAGGACUGUGUGGGUGUCUGACUGACGGCGACGGUAACAACCCGCCAGCUGUCAUCAGAUUCUGAAUCAACAUCGAUAAACUCUGAUCGGUGCAUGGAAGUGAUGUCACAUUUUCCUAACUGAGACCAGCCCACUUCAAACCAGCGAGGAAAGUGCAGAGGAAAAAGACACUUACAUAGAAAUGUCUUAUGUAAAAUAACCGGUGGAAAAAGGUAAGUUUUCAGGCUCUUUAAGAUGAAUUUUCAUGAACAUUUAGAUAUAAUCUUGCCGAGGAAACACUUAAUUUUCUCCGUAAACUUGCAAAGCAGGAAUUUGGCACCACAUUUGCAGUGCUAAUAACCUUGUCUGCUGGCAACAAAAGCAUAAGCCGGAUAAAACCUCCGUGACGCGGGGUUAAAAAAAAAAAAUACAUUUGUUCGCCCUGUGGCUAAAAGUCUUAUAUGAAACAAUAGGUUUCAUAACAAUAACAAUAAUAAUAAUGAUAAUAAUAACCUCCCCAGAUUAUCAACAGUCUGCCUGUUUUUCAUUCCUUCCUGAUAAACCUCAUAGCUGGUCCAAAAUCAUUUACUGGUGUGUAUUUGUAGAUCAGAUAAACAUCUGAGGCCCAAACUUGUGACUAUAACUGCUCCUUCUUUCCCCGUGUUUGCUUUCUUUCAUCACAUAUUCGCUGGAACAAGCCCCCCCCCCAUCCAAACAUCGGCAUCUACCCACUCGUCUUUUAUCCUGCCUGCUUUAACUCUGUUACAGUAAGAACAUUGUAAUCUGUCUGGCUGCACUGGGGAGGUCAUUUUCAUGCUGUGGGAUGUAUUUCCAUAACAUUGUCUGUUAACAUCCACUGUAAAAGCAACAUCACGUACACAUAUUUUAACUUUUUGGGAAAUCAUUAUUCAGAAACUUGGUUGAAGGGAAAGUGUGUUUGGAUAAGUUGUUGUGAUAAUGAUAAAGUAGCCAUAUACAGUUUAUCUAUGGAGAAAAGUGGACAGAUUACAUUUUGAAAAUCAUCUCCCCAGCCACGCUUUUAUAUGUGCAGGUAAAUUAUUACCUGAACAAGGUAUUCAGGGGAUUGUGUACUGUAAAUAUGAUCUGCACGUGUGUGUGUGCGUCUGUAAGUUUUGUGUACUUGUGAUUAUUAGCUGCUUGUGCAUUUCAAAGCUUGAAACGUGCCAUUGAUCAUUUGUAAUUCACUGUAAUGUGUAAAGUUGCAAAAUACUGUAGUUUUGGUUUUUACUUUAAAUUUUGUGUCAUGUUUGUUAACCCAUAUGGACUUUGGAUCACACAGUUUAAAGCAACAUUAUGUUACUGUUUUACCUUAAAAUAACAGCUUCAAAAGCAUUUGGCACAAUGAUUUUUGAUCGGGAGAACCUCUCUCAUGCCCACUUUGUGCUCCAAGCACCUGUUGUUGCCAACAUUGUUGCACUAUGUAACUUUGGUUGUCAGGUACGAUCUCUUGUGAGAUGUGCAGAAUGCUUUAUAGCAGUACGUCGCGCAACUGAUAUCAUGGAACCCAUUGGUUAUCAUCUGAUGAUGUUUUAGCCUCUGGGGGCAUCGUCAAUGUUUCAGGGCUUCCGGUUUAGCUGUGACAUUUUGGCUGAUCUCUAUAAACAGAUACAUGUGUCUAAAUGCAUAUAUAGUUUUUUUAAAAAGUCUAGUAAAAAGCAAAGUCUUCUUCAGAUGUUAGCCAAUGGGUUGAGAGUUUGCAUUUCUGCCAGUGUGUUGCAGAAAGUUGCUCACCUCAGUUUGUCUGCAUGCAAAAAAAGCCCGCUCAAACACGAUUCUGUGAUGGGCACUGGAACCAGGCAAGUGGGCACCAGAACCAAGCUCUGAAGCCUCUACGGAAAUCAUAGCAGAGGCGAAAAGACAGAAGAAGACAGCUGGCAGAGGAAGCUAAGAAGAGAAGAAGGGAGAGUGACCAAGCAAAAGCAAGAGGAAAUAUUCACAAAAUCAUAGGCUCCAUGACAAACGCCAAGCUCGCCUUCCUGCUGUUGGACUACUUAGUAACAUCAGCUGGAUUGCUACGUCUUGUGUUUUUGGACUUGCCUGAUGUUUGGCUGUGUUAGCAAAGCUGCUGGCUUGUUAGUUUUUGAUCAUAAGUAAUGCAAUCAUAACAAAUGCACGUACAGCUGUCCAUAGUUAUGACAGUGAUGUGUGAGUGAAUUGCACGAAGAAACCUUAAGAGCAGCAAAUCCCCCUAAAAUACCAAUUCUUGCAUAAUGUUGCUUUAAGCAGCACUGAAACUGCACUCUGUCAUUUUAUAUCAUAUCUGUGCGUCUAGCUUGGGAUACUGAGACGAACCUGCAUCGUCGCUGAAAAUAAAGCGUAGUUUCAGUGUGGCCGAACGCCAGAGGAACGGGUUCUGUUUUCUACCUCCACCAGACUCAUGAAUGUCAUCUCUUUUCUGUAAAUAUUUAUUCUCACGCUGUUGUAUGCUUUUGUGAGUAAAAGAACGAAGUUUAAAACUGCCUUGUUUGAAUGUGCUGCUUGUGUCUGUGGGUGGAUGGGCGUGCGAGCACAGGGGACAGGCUGUCAGAAAGAGGGAGAAAGAUAAUAGAAAAGAGGAAGAUGCGCUUAAUAAAACAAGGGUGGAAUUAGCUUAAUGUUAGCUUGUGGUAGCCCACUACUCUCAGCUUGCCUUCUAACAAACGAUGUGGGAGGAAUUUGAGGUUAUUUGGGCAAACAAGCAUUCUCAUUUAGCUGAUGAUGUAAUUUAUUGUCAAAGUUGUGCUCUUUCUGACAAGUACAAGUAAAUCCAGAAGGUUUUGAUGCCUCUUGCAGAAGUUUUUCUUGUGAAAACAGUGCAUACACAGUUUAUUAGACUGGGUGUUAAUCUAAUCCUUCAUUUAAACACUGCCAACUACAGCAUUGUUAAGUUUUCAUCUUAGCACUGGCUCUUGCCGACAACCCACAUUGGAAAUAGUGAUUUGCCGGGUAGCCAGUUGGCCUAAAAAAAAUCAGCCUGACAGACAACGAGCUGCAUGCUGUUGACCAAGCGGAGCAAUCAUCAAAAAAAUCCAACUUCAAAGCCACUCAAAGUUUCUCACAAAGCAUAUAAGGAAUGUCCAUAACUCUGGCAAUUUUGCCAAACUUUGCCUCAAAAGGCUCUUUGUCGACACGUCGAAAUGUGAGUCUCCACACACUACAACCUUUUGAAGUGAGCCCACGAGACAGAGGCUUUCUGUGCUUAGUUAGUCAGCCAAGUUAGUCAUGAAGACUUCUGUUUGCAUUAAAGUUAAAGUGUGUGUGUGUGUGUGUGUGAGGCAUGACACACAGUGACAGGUGCGAGUGGUCACAGCAGCUACAGUAUCAGCUGCUGCAGAGGAAAUACAAUCAGCUUUACUGCUUCAAUACACACAGACACACACACACACACAGCUUUACAGUUUGACAUGAAAACACACUGUGUGUGUGUAUGUAUAUGUAUAUGUAUCUGUGUGUGUGAAUAUGACUUGUUUCCAUGGAACAAGUUUCCAGUUUGGGUAUGCUCAGGUAAAUGUACUUAACAUACAUGCCUUUUUGUCAUGUCUGCUAUAUGUUAGCUGUAUCUAUUAGUGUCUUGGUUACUGCCUUUUUUUUCCAUUCGUGUUUGUUUUCAGUAUUAAAA